GUGCCGAUGAGGUGGCCCCUACACAAAACGGCAAGGUGGUGGUAGCUAUGUGAACACUCAUGAGAAGCAGGACAAGAAGGGUGCUCGGUCUCCAAUUGCUGAUUAGCUUCAUGCUGGUGGCUAGGUCCACAAACUCCCAGGUUCUAAAUUGCCUAAAUCAUGCCGGGAUAUGCGUGUCGUACCAAACCACCUGGAAAUAUCUUAAACAGCUCACUGUACAAUCACGAUACACUGAACUAUUACGUGAAGGCCACUGGUUGUGGGUGUUCGACAACUUGAACAUUCACCAAAAAGUUCGCCAUGAACGUGACGAUUAUCACUCUAGCAUGCUGAACAUCACAUCACGCAUAGCUGUGCGUAUCAAAAAUCUUCCAGAUUGGCCAUUUGAAUGGAGUGAUACUACACCACAACGCUCGAUUGAAUCACUCACACCGUCUGAUUUUCUACCGAGUGAAGAUGACGCAAAGGAGUUGAAGACAAGAGCUGUCAGGUACAUGGUGCGCUUCUUAGUGAAAGAGUUCAGCAGCCUUGCUGACCUACGAGGUUUCAUUCCAGAGGAGACACAUCAUCCAAAACAUCCAUCUGAAGUUGUACCUAUGAAAGUUCUUUUCAAAGAUGAGAAGUACACAGCGGAAACCAUCGACAUCCUUGCUCAACUAGCAGUAGAUGCAGACUUGACUGAUGGCGCUCCUCAGGUAGUCGUAGGUGACCAAGCAACAUGCAAGACAAUUCGGGCAAGCAAACUGUGGCGUCAAACAGAGAUAAGAUCAAACAGAGAUAAGAUCGAUCGACACGACACGCUGAAAUGGGUCAAUGAAACUCCUGGUGACUUCCUCCGUAUUCUUAUGACUAAGUUUUGGGGAACUCCUGCCCAGUCUGGAUCGUUGUGUAAUCUACGUGAGGUGAUUCGACGAACUAGUGUCGAUAAGGGUGUCAAAGUGUUUAAUGUCGGUGAUGAAUUUCUUAUGCACGCCUUUAAAGGUCAUCUUAUCUCCAGCAUUAUGACACACCUGAAAAUCAAGUCCGUCGAUGAUAAGAUUUCUCACUGUGUUACGUACGGCUGGUUGCAAGAAAUGGCUGAGAAGUUAGUCACCAAAACACUGAUGCCUAUACAACAUUCAACUGAUCCUGUAUUCAAGAUGCAUCGGUCGUGUCUUCACCACGCAUUUCUCUACGUCGACCUUAGCGAAGCGAUUCGGUGGGAAAACGGAUCACAAGUUGUCAGGCAUUGGAAAUACUGGUUACCACAUUUUCUUGCCGAGGGGUGUACAAAUUAUUCUACAGAGGCAGUUCAUCUCAUCUCUAAUCUGACAGCCGUGUUCCCAAAGCACAUAGCGUACAUCACAACUCACAACCGAACUGUGAACAUGAGUGGGAGGUUAGGACAUGCAAAGCCAGUUGAUCAGCUUAUAGAGCAUUACAAUCUGAUAUUUAAGCAGACAAUCAGGACAUCUCAACAUACUGAGGAUGUGUCUUUGGCUGUUCUAUUCCUAAUGGAAGCAGCCAAACGGGCAGAUUCCAUGCUUGGAGCGAGCGGCAAGACAGACCACAGCACACACCGUACGAGAUGCCAGCACAGAUGUCUUGAAAAUGGCCAGAGACCUAAUGGAGAAACAAACAACACAAGAAAUAUCAGUCCGCACUGCUCCAACAUUCAUCGACAACAGUGA